AUGCUGUGAAACCUUUCUUUUAGUUGUAAUUAAGUGUGUUUAAUGUUUAUGAGUGCUUUAUUGAUGUGCUGGCACUGAUGGCAAUGCCCUCUCCUGAUUUCAGCCUUUGCCUCUUCUUAAUUCCUGAAAGAGUGCAAAUGGAGGAGCAGUUCAAGACACUAAUUGUUCUGUCUCACUACUUGGAGACUGGACGAUUCAGUCAAUUCUGGGAUGAAGCAUCCAAGAAUCGUCACAUAGUUGAAGCUGUACCAGAAAUUAAGAAGAAGAGAGAAGGAACUUGCGCAUUCAACAAAUUGUUUUCCAACUUUGCCACCUCAUAGCCGCUUAGUCUAUAGCAAUUAAUCAAGCCCAGAUAAAGAAGCAUCGGGGCAGUCUUGGAAUUUUCUCCAAUGAUGUGCAAUCAUCCAGUGUUACCCAUCGUAGUUCUGGUGGAAGGACUUGUGGAAUUUUCCGAAGCCUUUUGCAACCAGUCAGUCCAAGUGACCUCAAGUUGACAAAUUUGCUAAUGCAAUCCGGAAGACUUACAAAAUUGUUUCCCGGCAGAUAAAGUUCUUCUAAUGUAUCCCAGCAAUCAAGAGGCACAAGGAAAUCACUUUCUAAUAAAUUGCAUCCUUCAAGAUAAAGAUAUUGUAGCCCGGGAAGCGUUAACGUGAUUGGUUUUGGGCAACCAUGUAUUUUUAUAUUUGUAAGGUUCUCACAACUCCUUGUUGUUAAAUAACGAAGCCCAGUAAGGUAAGCAAUUGAUAAAGGCAAUUCUCUUAUGCUA